AUGGGGAAAGACGACGAAGAAGCAGGGCCAUCGUCUUUCAAGGCUGGGGAGAGCUCGAUUCAAGACAGAUUCACACGAAUUGGCGGACACUGGACACACCGAGUCGAGCAUGGGGAUGUCUUUACCAAUGAAAGCGUCGAAGAGGUCAAUGAUGUGAGGCGCGAGCGAAGUCCCAGCAGGGCAUCUUCGGUCAUGCAGCCGCCUUCCUUUGCGGAGUCACAAUUCGCGACUAUCGUCCGGAGGCAGAGAAAGCAGCGGAUCGUGUCGCCCACAAUGGAACGCCUCGAGCACGGCGAGGUUGGAGCAACUGCUCCUCCCCUUGCUACCCUGGUCGGCGUGCCUUCGACGCCGAGGCGGCGAUACAACCGUCGUGGCACCGAUGAUGACGACAACGUCGACGUCAAUGAUGAGAAGAACACAGUGCUCCCAAACGAUACACCCGCGAAGCGAGAGAUGAAGACAUCGCGAAGAAGACGCACCUCAACGAGGGAACUGUCCAUCGAUGGGUGGGACUUUGCAGGCUGGGGCAAGAUGUCGAUGCUCGAGCUCAGCCGUGCAGAUAGAGACGAGGCAGCGGAAGCAAUCGCCCGUCGUCCUCGCGCCCUCCUGGGGCAGUGGAGGACGGCAAGCCUGUGCGGAAACGCCCUCACCGGCUCUGUCUUUUACUCGCUCCCCGCCGUCCUAGCUGCCUCGAGCGUUCUGACGCCCAUCGGCCUCUUUCUCGCCAUCGCUCUCCUCUGGCCCUUUCGGCCGAUCAUGUGCGAGCUGGCCAGCGCCAUGAGCUACGGAGACGCUGGCUCCUACUCGUACUUUCUCAACACUACCACUAAGACGACCUUUGCGCUCCUCGCCGCUGCCUUUGUCAUGCUCGAUGCCGUUGCCACGGGCGCAGUCAGCGCAGGCACCGCGGCAUCGUACAUCUCGGCGCAGGCCAAGGAGAACGGGUCGAUCAGCGCCAGCCUGAAGGCUUUCCUGGAUGGUCCCGCCAUCACCGUCAUUCUUCUAGUUGGCAUUGCCAGCAUCGCUCUCCUGGGCACCCGUGGCAGCGGAACUGUUGCCCUCGUCAUGAUCGUGUUCCAUCUCAUCACCAUGACCGCUCUCAUCGUGGCUGGCAUCGUCGCAUGGGCACAGCAGGGCAACGCCACACUUGCGUCCAACUGGUCCGAUGCUCGCCCAGUGCUGACCAGUGGCAAGGGAUAUGCCAGAGCCAUCUUUGAUUCGUUCUGCGUCAGCUUCAUCGGCCUGACGGGCAUCGAGACCAGCGUCCUCUACACAAGCGCCGUCAAAAAGGAUCAGUUUCCAAAGGCACUGAGAAGCCUGCACAUCGCUGUGCUUCUGACGGAACCGACCCUAGCCUUGCUCGUCGUGGCUUUGCUUCCCCUGUCAAAGGCACUCAGUGCCAACAAUGUCCUGUCCCUGCUCGCCCAAGUGUCGUCCGGCGGAACUGGACCAUGGCUCAAGUACGUGGUUGUUGUCGAUGCCGUCGUCGUUCUCGCUGGUGGCAUCUUGACAGGUACCCAAGCAACGAUUGGCUUGACACAGGCGCUGGCAUAUGACUCGGUGCUUUCAAGGCAAAUGCUCCGAAAGAUGCCCAAGACGGGUGCCUACUGGGCCGCCAUCUGCCUCUUUCUGUGCCUCUCGCUCAUUCUGUGCGCCACGUCGAAGUUCAACCUGACGACGCUUUCAUCGAUCUUCAGCAUGGCUUUCCUUGCCGUCAUGACGAUGUUUCCCCUCUCGGCGCUCCUCGUCAUCUGGAAUCGGCCCAACCUCCCUCGAACGCCGAGAUGCGGCCUUGCUCUCAUCUUUUUCGCUGCUGCCGUCGGCAUCGUGGCCAUCGGAGGCAAUAUUGCACUGUCGCCCAUCGCACUUCUCCAGACAGUCCUUUAUUUGCUCGUCAUUGUCGUCGUCCUCUACCUCUUCAAGAACCGCAUCAGCCUCGCCCACUGUCUCGUGUGGCUACUCGAUGAGCGCUGGAUCAACACGUCGGCUCCGUCGGCAGCCAGGUCCAAAUGCAGCAGCAGCAUCGAUGUCAGCCGAUCCACAUCGCCCAUCUAUCGCCUCAAGCAUCGCCUGAUCAAGUGGGUCGGCCGCCAGCGCCGAGAGCCCGUCGUCUUUUUCACAAAGACGGACGAGAUCUCGCACCUGAACCGAGCGCUUCGCUACGUAGAGGAGAACGAGCACACGUCUCGGGUCAUUGUCGUGCACUGCUUCGACGAAAUCGUAGACAUUCCCUCAGAGCUCGAGGCGAAUGCCCAGCUCAUCGAUGAGGCCUACCCCAGGAUCACCAUCGACCUCGUCUUUGUCGAGGCGCAAUUCAACCCCGUCGUGGUAGAAGCCCUCUCCAAGAAGCUCAACGUGGCAAAGUCGAGAAUGUUCGUUGGUGUCAUUCACGAUUGCCAAGAGCAUGAGCUGGCCGACUUUGGUGGUCUCAGAGUCAUUUCGAGAUAGAGUCAAGAGUUCCUGGAACAUACCCCUUCCAUUUUUCGCACAGCCUAUAGACUGCAUCAGAUAUUAAUAUGAUUAUGUGUC